AUGACCCCCCAAAAUAGUUCAACAAUAAGAAAAAAGCUAGUGAUAGUAGGCGAUGGUGCUUGCGGAAAGACUUGUCUCCUAGUGGUCUUCUCGAAGGGUCAAUUUCCAGAACUGCACGUGCCCACAGUCUUCGAAAAUUACGUCGCAGAUGUUGAUGUCGAUGGCGUCCGCGUGGAACUAGCACUAUGGGAUACUGCAGGUCAAGAGGAUUACGACCGUCUCAGACCGCUAUCUUACCCCGACUCAGACGUAGUUUUGAUCUGUUUCUCGGUUGAUAUACCCGACUCCCUCGACAACGUCGAAGAAAAAUGGAUCAACGAAGUACACCAUUUUUGUAGGGGAGUCCCUACACUACUAGUCGCCUGUAAACUAGAUCUCCGGGAAGAACAGCAUGUGGUAAGUCAGCUAGCAGUCCUGGGCCAACACCCAGUAACAACUGCAGAAGGAAAUGCCGUCGCCCGCAAGAUUGGCGCCGCCAGCUACGUCGAGUGCUCCGCAAAAACCGGUGAGGGAGUAAAGGAAGUGUUCGAUAUAGCAACAAGAGCGGCCCUCACGAGGAAGUCCCGCUCCUCCACCGCAGGCCGCCGCGCUGCCUCCGGUCGCAAGAAAUGCAUCUUACUGUGA